GCUUUAAAAGCGUACGUGACUCAAAAGUAAGGACACGGUCGUUGAAAAGACUGAGAUUUCCCUUUGCUUUUGAUCCUUUCUCUCAAUCCUGCAAUCUAGGGUUUUCCCAAAAUCCAGUAAUCCCCAAAAUCCUUUAAAAGAUUCAAUCUUUAUUGGCUAAUUUUUUUUUUGUUGGGUCUCCGAUCUCUCUCACCCACCAAUUCUUCUACGCUAAGGUUUUGUGAUUGAUCAUGACGAUUCCUGAUUCUGGUUUUAUGAUGGAAAACGGGGCCAGUUGCUUGCCGCACCCGCCCGAGGAAGAGAAGCGGAUCGUGACGGAUUUGAUGAACAAAUCAGAGGCUAAUUUGAAAGAAGGCAACCUUUACUACGUCAUUUCCAAUAGGUGGUUUACAAGCUGGCAGAGGUAUGUUGGGCAAGGCACUGCUGAAUAUUCAACUGAUGAGCAGUUAUCUGAUUCUCAACAUUCGAAUGUGGUUCCUUCAAAAAUGGCUGUUAGACCCAGACCGAUUGAUAAUUCUGAUAUAGUUCUAAACAGAAAUGAUAGUGAGUGCAGUGAUUUAGAGCUCCUUAGAAGCUUGCGAGAAGAGGUGGACUAUGUUUUAGUUCCUCAAGAAGUUUGGGAAAAGCUUUUUGAUUGGUACAAAGGAGGACCAGCAUUACCGAGGAAGUUGAUUUUACAGGAGGGUGUCAAACAUCGCCAAUUUAAUGUGGAGGUUUACCCACUUAGUCUUAAUUUGGUUGAUUCAAGAGAUGACAGCCAAUCAGUUAUAAGGUUAAGCAAAAAGGCUUUUGUACGGCAGCUUUAUGAGAAGGUGUGUUCACUUAAAGGAGUAGAACAGGAAAAGGCUCGUAUUUGGGACUACUUCAAUAAACAGAAACAAGUACCAUUAAAUAUUACGAGCCGAACGCUGGAGGAAUCAAACUUGCAGAUGGAUCAACAUAUCCUUCUGGAGGUGCAAGUUGAUGGACAUUGUUCUUCUCAAUUGGGCAUGGAUUCAACUGGAAAUGAGUUAGCUUUGGUACCCCUCGAACCUUCAAGGUCAUCCGUGACAAUUGCAGGGGGGCCGACCAUGUCAAAUGGGCAUUCAACCAGUUGUAGCUCUAAUAUGUAUCGGGGAAGUGCUUUGAGCACAGCAUUCAGUGAUAUAGAUGACAGAUAUGAUAGUUAUAACUCUCUGAGAAAAGGAGAGCGGGGUGGAUUGGCUGGACUACAGAAUCUGGGAAAUACUUGCUUUAUGAAUAGUGCGAUUCAAUGUUUAGUCCACACACCCCCUCUUGUUGAGUACUUCUUGCAAGAUUACUCUGAGGAGAUCAACACAGAAAAUCCACUAGGAAUGCAUGGUGAGCUUGCACUUGCAUUUGGUGAAUUACUGAGAAAAUUGUGGUCUUCAGGGCGGACUACAAUUGCUCCGCGUGCGUUUAAAGGGAAACUUGCUCGAUUUGCUCCACAAUUUAGUGGUUAUAAUCAGCAUGAUUCUCAGGAACUUCUUGCCUUCUUACUAGAUGGGCUGCAUGAAGAUUUGAAUCGUGUCAAACAAAAGCCCUACAUUGAAACGAAGGAUUCAGACGGUCAACCAGAUGAGGAAGUUGCAGAUGAGUGUUGGAAAUAUCACAAGGCCCGUAAUGAUUCAGUUAUUGUAGAUGUUUGCCAAGGUCAAUACAAAUCCACACUGGUUUGCCCAGUUUGUAGCAAAAUCUCAAUUACUUUUGAUCCCUUUAUGUACUUAUCAUUGCCACUACCUUCAACUGUCACCCGGACAAUGACAGUUACCAUGUUUUAUGGUGAUGGAAGCGUUCUUCCAAUGCCUUACACAGUGACUCUGCUUAAACAUGGUUGCUGCAAAGAUCUUAUCCAGGCAUUGGGUACUGCAUGCUGCUUGAAGAAUGAUGAAAGCCUUUUGCUUGCGGAGGUUUACGAAUACCGAAUUCAUCGGUAUUUUGAGAACUCUUUGGAACCAUUGGCUUCAAUAAAGGAUGAUGAACUUAUUGUGGCCUACCGACUAUCCAAAAAGGGGACAGGAAGAACAAAACUAGAAAUUAUCCAUCGAGUGCAGGAAAAAUCUAUAUCAGACAAUCUAAAGAGUGUUUCUAGGAAGCUUUUUGGAACGCCUCUGGUGACUUAUUUGGAUGAAGAUCCUCCAAAUGAAGCUGAAAUUAGUAUAGCUGUUUCUAGAAUGCUAUCACCUUUGAGAAGAAUAUAUUCUUCUUCAACUAAGGCUCAUAGCAGUAAGGAAAAUGGCUUUGUUUCAGAAGCUAUCGAUGAACCAUUGGACAGCUGCAAUGCUCAUUCUGGACCAGGAGACGAAUCAAUGGACAACACAGAACUAGAGGGAACAUCCAGCACGGACUUCUCCUUCCAGCUCUUUUUAACUAAUGCAAGUGGUUUAAGCUGCAAGCCGAUUGAAAAGGAUUCUCUUUUAAAAUCCAAUCCACUUGUUAAGGUUUUUCUGGACUGGAGUGAUAAGGAAAAUCAAUUAUAUGAUUCUAGCUACCUCAAGGAUCUCCCUGAGGUUCACAAGACUGGGUUCAGUGUGAAAAAAACCAGGCAGGAAGCUGUCUCUUUGUUUUCAUGCUUGGAAGCGUUCUUGACAGAAGAACCUCUAGGGCCUGAUGACAUGUGGUACUGCCCAAGAUGCAAGGAACAUAGACAAGCGACAAAAAAACUUGAUUUGUGGAUGUUGCCAGACAUCCUUGUUGUUCACUUGAAGCGAUUCUCAUAUAGCAGAUAUCUAAAGAACAAACUUGACACUUUUGUGAAUUUCCCCAUUCGCAAUCUUGAUUUGAGCAAAUAUGUGAAAAGCAAGGAUGGGCGAUCUCACAUGUACGAGUUAUAUGCCAUCAGCAACCAUUAUGGUGGUCUUGGAGGUGGGCACUACACUGCCUAUGCCAAGUUGAUUGAUGAGAAUAGAUGGUACCAUUUCGAUGACAGUCAUGUUUCUCCGGUCAAUGAAGCUGAGAUCAGAACUUCGGCCGCUUAUCUAUUAUUCUAUCAAAGAGUUAAAACUGAAUCAAGGUCAGAAGCAGGAGAGACAUCGCGGGCUCACAUGGAUUUUUGAAGGCAAUGACUGGGUUCAUAUUGCUGUUUCAUGGACUUUGAGCUUCCAUUUUACAAGGUUUAGCUAAUUCGUUGAGACAUUGUCCAUAGAAUGAUGCUUUUGCUUAGCCAGGCAAACCUGAGAAGCCACGGCUUAAAGAUACGGAUCACUGAGAUUGAAGUGGACAUGACAUCGAAGUUUAAGGGAGCAGUUUCAGAAAAUUGGCUUAGUGAGAGCAAGGAUGGUUGCAUUUACAUAAAAAGAAAUCUUUCUGUUCUAUCUGGUUUAUGUAGGGUGGCUGUAGUUAAUUCUUCUCCUUACCUCUUGUUCUCCAAAAUGUCCAUUUUCUGAUGUAGCCAACUCUGGUGUUAUUCUAUUGAAAAUCAUUGUGAUUAUUCCACUUCUUGUAAGGCAUUGAAUAUGAUCAUGACUGGUAUGUCCGGAGAAAGAUUUUGUACGGAUGCCCCCUUGUAUGAGCAAGUAUCAAGACAAAAUUGGAAAGAAAUAAACGGAUAGCAUUUUUUGUUGUGCUUCA